UCCGGUCUGGUCAGACGAGGUAUAGGAGUGUUAUUCAUAAAGAACUACGGGAGCAACAAAAGAUCUAGGUUGCUACUUAUCAACUGACAGAAAUUUAAACAACAUACAGAAGAAAAAUGUCGUACAGAGACAGAAUGUUCGAUUCAUCGAGUCGGUCAGACAGAAAAGGGUUUGGUGGCAGUUCAGGAAAAUUGCCUGGUGGAUUUCCAUCUCGUUUUGGUCAGGGAGGCAGUAGUGGAGGUGGCCGCUUUGGAAGUGGAGGUAGAGGAGGUGGUGGUGGUGGAGGAGGAUUUGGUGGUGGAAUGCGUGGCAAACUGGACAAAAACAGUCAGCCUGGUCAAAACCUCCGGAAACCAAGAUGGGAAUCUGAAAGGCUAAUACCAUUUGAGAAGAACUUCUACCGUGAACACCCAAAAGCUGCUAACAGAGAUCCUAAUGAAAUUGCUGCAUACUUUGAUGCAAACAAGAUCACCUUUAAAGGAAGCAACCCUCCAAAACCUGUUUUAACAUUUGAUGAAGCAGGAUUUCCAGAGUAUGUAAUGGCAUCAUUCAGACGUCAAAGUUGGGGUUGUCCAACAGCCAUUCAAGCAGCUGGCUGGCCCAUUGCUUUGUCUGGAAGGGACUUCGUGGGAAUUGCUCAAACAGGUUCUGGAAAAACUGCUGGUUUCAUCUGCCCAGCUACUGUACACAUCAUGGCUCAGCCUCAUCUGCAACCACGUGAUGGACCUAUUGUGUUGGUAUUGGUUCCUACUCGUGAGUUGGCCCAGCAGGUACAGGAAGUUGCCAUUGAAUUUGGUCAGAGCUCUAGAAUAAGAAGUGUUUGUGUUUAUGGUGGAUCUCCGAAAGGCCCACAAAUAAGGGACUUGGAAAGAGGUGCUGAAAUCUGCAUUGCCACUCCAGGAAGACUCAUUGAUUUACUUGAAGCUGGAAAGACAACCUUGAAAAGAACCACAUACUUAGUUCUUGAUGAAGCAGACAGAAUGUUGGACAUGGGAUUUGAGCCUCAGAUCCGUAAAAUUUUGGAGCAGAUUCGUCCUGAUCGACAGACUCUUAUGUGGAGUGCAACAUGGCCAAAGGAAGUGAGGAAACUUGCUGAAGAUUUCCUUAAGGAGUAUGUACAACUCAACAUUGGUGCUUUACAGUUGAGUGCCAAUCACAACAUUCUUCAGAUCAUUGAUGUGUGCAAUGACUCGGAAAAGGAUUACAAGUUGCUGAAGUUGCUUGAGGAGAUUAUGCAAGAAAAGGAAAACAAGACACUAGUGUUUACAGAGACAAAGAGGAGAGCUGAUGAAUUGUCCCGUAAAAUGAGGAGAGAAGGAUGGCCAGUGAUGUGUAUUCAUGGCGACAAGUCCCAGCCAGAGAGAGACUGGGUACUCAGUGAAUUCAGGAAUGGCCGCACACCAAUUCUUAUUGCCACAGAUGUAGCAUCCAGAGGUCUAGAUGUGGAAGACAUUAAGUUUGUCAUAAACUUUGACUACCCCUCAAGCUCUGAGGACUAUGUACAUAGAAUUGGGCGUACUGCCAGAGCAGGCAACACAGGAACUGCAUACACAUUCUUCACCCCAGACAAUGUCAAACAAGCCAAUGACCUUGUCAAUGUACUGCGAGAAGCCAACCAAGUCAUCAAUCCUAAACUCCUUCAAUUGGCAGAGAACUCCAGAUUUGGAUACAAAGGUCGCAGUAGGGCACGAGGACGAGAUGAUAGAGGUGGUCGAUUUGGGAAUCGUGAUUCAUUUGGCUCAAGAGAUAGAGGAUCGUCUCGUGGAGGACGGGGUGGAUAUGGAGGAAGCAGGGGUGGUUAUAGUGAUGGUGGUGGCUCCAAUUUCAACAGAGAUAGGCCUAGUGGGAAUUCUGCUGGUGGAGGUAGCAGGUUCUCAAGUCAGGGGGCCUCAAGGUUUGGGGGGGCUAAUAAUAGUUCAAACAAUAACACCUACAACAGCAAUACCUCUAAAAGCUAUGGACAAGGAAGCAACAACAAUUAUGGCAGUCAAAAUUCCAUCAAUGGUGGAAGUUUUGGAGGUCAGCAACAUCAUCAGCAGCAACAACCUCAACAGAAUGGAUAUGCUAACAGCAAUGGAGUAAGCAACACUGGUGGUAAACCCAAGGACUUGCAAAAUAUGGCUUACAUGUAUAGUCAAUGGAUGCAGCAAUCUCAAAAACCUAACCAACCCCCUCUCCCCAGUGGCAAUCCACCACCACCACCCAAGUUCCCUCCCCCACCUCCCCCAUCUAUGUGAUGAUAAAAAAUUAUAGGAUUCAGGAAAAAAUAUGGUGCAAGUGGAAUUUUAUUUAUUGUUAAAUUUACUUUUAGUUCCACUAGCUGUCGACGUAGUGUUCCAUGGUGGUGAAGUCAGUUGGUCGAUAUUGUAUGCAUGGAAGGAGGUGUGCAAGUGUUUUUGAAUGAGUGUUGUGUGUAUGCGUGAAUGCUUGGUAGUGUCAUAUAAAGUGAACAUUUCAUCUGUCGGCGUCAGGUUCAUCAUUUACUGACCAUGGUUGAAGAUAUUUCUGAGGAGAGACCAGUUGUUAAUGAUGCACUCUAUUUUUGAGUCAUCUAUCAGAUAUAUUUUCCCAAAUUAAAGAGCAUCGUUGAACAAGGUACUUAUUCAAAGGAUAUUUAACUGUCUCUCCACAAAAUCUUCAAGUGAAAUCCAGAAGUUAUUGGACAGUUGAUAUUUGGUAUUUUACAAUCUUUUUACAAUGCUUGAAUUUUUUUCAGGGAACAAUUUUUUUAAUAUCAUUGGAUAAUCUCUUCCGUGUUUGGAGAGUAAAAAAUGAUGGGAUCACAGGGAUGCCACAAUUUCUUGGAAGGGAGGUGGGGAUGUUGGUAGACCAAUUUUUGGACAGGAUGGGGUUUUUCAAUUUUAGUCAUUCAAUAACAUUUUACGUAUUUGGUUCUCAUCAGGCAUGAGUAAAUGUUGCUCGAUGUUCUUUUCAAAUUAAAUUUCAGUAUCUGAA